AUGGCUUGUCGAAGAGAAUCUCUGCUGCACCCGGCACCACACCCGCUGCUGCUAUUGUGCCUGGCAACAGCGGUGUUGUUACUGACGGCGGGUUUUCUCGGUGCUGACGCCGCCUCGACCACCAUUGGAAGCGGCGAGAAGUUGUGCCUGAAGGAGGUGGUGCCACCGCAGAGCCGGGUAACGUUUCAGUUCCAGGUCAUCAGCGGCGGCAACCGCGACAUCCGCGCUUCCGUUGCGGACCAGGACGGGAAAUUCCUGAAAGAGUGGACGGAGACAACGGAAGGGAUAUAUGAGGCGCUCGCACAGGGCGGCACGAAGGCCAUCGUCGCCUGCCUUGACAACACCUACGCACAUUACACCCCGAAGUUGGUCGUCUUUCACUUUCGAUACCACGUCGACUACACCUCUGUGGCGAAGGAGGAGGAACUGGACCCGGUGGAGAAGAAGGUAGAGCACAUCUCCACCACGAUGCGUCAGGCCGAGGCGCUUCAGAUGCACCUACGGGCUCAGCAGAAGGAGCACAGGACUACGGUAGAGGAGUCGAAUCAGCGCCUGCUCGUGUGGAGUGUGUUGCAGGUCCUUGCGCUGGUCGUUAUGAGCGUCUUCCAACUGUACUUUUUGAAGCGAUUCCUAGAGCGCAAGUCGUUUCUGUGA